UGCUUAUGACGAUUUUCCACGAUCAGCAAUUUUUAGUCGAGAGAGUUUGGGGAUUCUGCGCAGACAGUAUGAAAAGAUUAAGCAGAUGAGCGGUUAAUUAAAAGUUACGAAAACUUAAGUAUAUGUAGAAUAAGCUAUGUUAAUCGUAGAUAAACCGUGGCCACAAGUUUUUGACUAUUUAAACAAACAAAUAGUUCGUCAAAGUUAAUAGGAAGAAAUGGAAAUAUUGUUAGAAUCCUUUGGUGACAUAGAUCGAUUUCGACUUUUUAGAAAAUAAUUGUUAUAUGUUUAUUAUUGCAUGUUUUCUUUUUAUAUAUUUAAUUAUCGAGUGAAUUGUCUCUUGUAAUGUGAAAGAAAUUGGCGAAUCAAAAUAUUGUUGGUGUGAUUUAUCGUAUGAUAUUUGUACUCUAACCUAAAAGGAGUUUGAUAGCAAUUACACUUUUAAUAAUUCUGAUCAGUACUGUGAAGUAACAGGUGGAUGUGCUUUCAUUAUUUUUGGACCUUUUUCACAUUCUAGCAGAGAGGAAUACAUUAAACGUAUCAGAAGGCGAUGUGCGCUGACUUAUCAUCAAUAUUCUGAGGUAAAGAAUAUACAAGCAGGGUACAUGAAAACUAACGGAUGAAUAUAAUUAUUGUUACAUAAGAUUUAGACAAUUGGCGUGAACUUGCAUCAAAAGUGGGAAAAAUCAAUUAUACACAAGUACAUAUACUAUACAAAAGAGGGACAUUUUAAUUCUCACGAGAUGCCAGACGAUCCGAAACGAGUUGGGUGGACCCCAAUGCUGCUGCUGAUAUGCGUCGGGACCACCAUCGGUGCUGUUAUACCCCUUGGUUAUGCGCUGGGGGUUAUGAAUACGCCUGCUGAGGUAAUCAAAAAAUGGACUAUCGCUAGUGUGUCCAGAACAUACAACGUUCAACUCAAUGCAACGAAGGCGGACAUACUAUGGGCUAGCAUAGUGUCAAUUUUUCAGGUUGGCGGCAUUUUGGGUUCCUUUAUUUCUGGAUAUAUAAGCAACAAAUUUGGAAGAAAGGGUUGUCUUGCAUUCAGCGGAGUUUUGUUAUCCUUAGCUGGACUUUUUUUGCAUUUCAGCCGUAUGGCUCACCUCGUUGAGAUGAUGUUAUUCGGUCGUUUUUUGAUCGGUAUCUCAGCUGCGCUAAUCUACACCUCACAGCCGAUGUAUUUGUUGGAGUGCGCGCCAGUACAUCUGCGUGGCAGUGCUGGCGUCUUCACACUACUUGGCAUAACGGGUGGCAUUGUUUUUGGACAAAUAUUUAGUUUACAACAAGUCUUUGGCAAUGAGAAGUGCUGGGAAUUGGCCUUAAGUUCUUACUUGAUUUUUGUUCUGAUUGGCUUCUUUCCGGCCUUUUUGUUUCCUGAAUCACCCAGUUGGUUAAUUAAGGUGCGCCAAGACGAAGAAUUGGCCAGGAAGUCUUUGAAAAGCUUACGUGGAAAAAAUGCUGAUGAAACUAUAAAUACCGAAAUUGCCGAAUUGAAAGCUUCAGCCGCUGCCUCUAGUGAAAUACUUGGAUUUUGGGCGGUGCUGAAGAACUCAGAAUUUUGCCUGCCUCUGCUAAUUGUUAUCUCAUUUACCGCUUGUCAAGGUUUGAGCGGAAUUAAUGGUAUUUUCUUUUAUUCAGUAAGAAUAUUCACCAAAUGUGGAUUUUCCGACGAAAAUGCCACCUGGUUAAAUUUCAGUUCUGGUGUGCUAAAUUUCGUGUUUGCGCUCAUUAGUUUGGUUUUAAUGGAGAAAUUCAACAGACGCCCCUGCAUGCUCCUCUCAGCGGGUGCUUGUGCUGUAUCAUUAAUUGGCUUGGGGUUCGCUUUGAAGUAUAUUGAUUACGUCAGCUGGUUCCCAAUACUUUGCGUUAUUUUCAUGGCUUCCUUCAUAAUAUUUUUCAAUGUGGGCCUAGGCCCAAUACCAUUCUUUAUAGGAACAGAACUCUUUGAAUUACCACCUCGUACUGUGGCCAUGGCUACCGGGAACUUUUCAUGUUGGACUGGUAAUUUCUUGAUCGGUAUGUGUUUCCCUCCUAUAGAGAGCCUAAUUGGACCAUUUUGUUUCCUACCCUGUGGUGGUGUUUGUAUAUAUUGCCUCUUGCUCACGUGGCGCUAUGUACCGGAGACACGUGGUUUCGAGCCUUCGGAUGUGAAACCUUUGAUGGCAAAUGGUCUUAAAUCGAAAGUAACCUAAGGUGAGAUUACAGAAAUUGAUUGAAAAAAAAACUGUGUUACUAAAAUGAAGUUUAUUGCUUGCAAAGAUUCUUACUGUUUCGU